CGAGAAGAGCAGCUUACGGAGUCAGUGCAAGAAUCAAAGCCAAUAGCGGCAAACACGGUCACAAAGUCGGCAUGAAUACUAAGAAAUGCAAUCCCGCCUCAUGAACAAGGUCGUUUUUGUCGUGAGCAGGAGACGACCACAGUCGUUCUUGAUGAUAAUGUCAUAGAUUCAAUCGGUAUCGGACAAGAACUAUGGAGGUGAAGAAGAAGCAAGACGAUGAGGAGGCCGCGACUAUUUCACGAAUGGAAUUCGGCGGGAGCGGGCCCUCCUUCCUGUCGUCCAGCCACUCCUUUACAGUCCAUUCCGAACGUGAGAACAAAAGACACGGAGUGAAGGCGAACAUGACCGCGAGUAUGUUGACCAGAUCAUCCACCUCAUUGUGGAGGUCCAGUACUUCCGCAGCCGCCCGAUUGGCGAGGAGGCGGAUGUUACAAGUCAAGACGCGCCGCCCCACACCACUACAACGGCGCGGCAACAACAUAAACACGAAGGAGACAUCAAACGCGACACCGAUGUGUCGAGUUCUUCUGGUGUGCAAGCGGCCACAGAUUCGGGUUCCGGGUCUGUCCCGCCAAGCGAAGAUCGACCCUAGUUCCUCUUCUGCGUUUGUCUCUCGCUCCGCGACGAGUAGGAAGAAAAUCUUCAUCGGCAGCUUGCCAAAAUCACAAAAUAUUAAAGUCCUUCCUGCUACGCAAGCGCAACCAACUAGACCGAACAUCAAAUUUGUCGACAGCGACGAAAUGCGAUUUUCUCCAGCACUGAGCUGCAGUGGCAAUGCGUCCGCGACAAGGCAAAUAUGCAGCACCGGUGCCGAUUUGGAUCAUAUAAUCGGCGGGCUACUAUCACGACAGCAGGGAAAUACGCGUACGCCGCCAGCCGCUCGUGGGGCGUUUUCGUCCACAAGAAAAAGAAGGGCGUCACGACCUGUCGGGCGCCGCCUUCGUACUGCGACGCAUUCUGGUUUGGUCCAGCAGAUCAGGCCGUCGUCGAGACUCAUACGCUACAUGCUCUCUUGCGGCUCGCUGAUGAGCUCUCCAACUGGCGCUCUGCACUUGGAUCGUGGAAACUGUGACGUGAGCGAGUGGGCCGAGUGGGGGGACUGCAGUGCCACCUGCGGCUCCGCAGCGCACACCCGAACGCGUGCUAUUGUCGGGGUCGAUACCGGGGACUGUCCGUCCUUGACGCAGACGGAGGCCUGCCCGGCGCAGUCAGAGUGCGGUACCGCUUUCGACUAGUAGCAUGGCGUGAAACAAAAAAUUCUAUACGUCACCGAGCAUUAUAUAUUCUCCACUCGCAUACUAGAUAUCAGAUUCAUGUUCGUACAUCCAGAGAGGCGUCGAAUGUCUAUCGCACCUGCACCUUUUGACGAGACACGUGCUCAGGCACCCAAAGCUGGUGGAUUGACAACAGUGUGUGGCGCAUUCUGCAAAACAUAAACAAAGAAAUAUGAACCUCGUCUACAGCCGCGCAUUGCGAAGUUUCGCAGUGGACUGACUGGUCACCGUGCAACCAGAUGUGCGAAUGCACCCGGUUAUCCAAGAGAAAAGUACUUACACCUCAGCCAGAAAAAAAUUGGAACAAAUGAUCUCUCAUUCCAACAAAUGGUGACCGUGCAUCUGUCGCUGUUGAUGCUGAGAGUACAGACACAAAGCGCGAAAAAGUGCGUCCUUCAUGUUUUGUAAAAACCGGGGGUAGAAGUUUUCUCUCGGAUAUCGGCGCCGCGAUGUGCUUAAGGGUCCAGGACCGACCGGCGCAGAGUGUCCAUCUUUGGUGCAGUCGAAGCCCUGUAAGCCGGAAGAAUGCGGUACUUCAAGAAGUAUUUGUUGUGUCUUGUCCAUCUUUGGUGCAGUCGAAGCCCUGUAAGCCAGAAGAAUGCGGUACUUCAAGUAUUUGUUGUGUCUUCGACUUGUGCUGCAGCGACGCUCGCCUCAAAAAGAGGAAAGAAGCGGGCACCACACCACUCGACUGCUGUUGCAUGUUUACAAACGGCGACCCACGUUACCGUCCUCGCACGAUAACGAGACCAGGACGAAGCCAAAACGAAGCCAGUCGGGCAGCUUUUACAAGGGCCCACCUCUGCCAGCGCAAAACGUCGGCAAGUUUUCCCAUAGUGGUCGGCCGAGGCGUUUGCAGGGCCCCCAGCCUUUGGGGCUUCUGCUGCAUGUAAGCCGGGGCGCCAUUUGUGUUGUGCGCGCUUUGGGCCCGGGCGCGUCGCGUUACGCAUACGGGAGAGCCUGCGACGCAGCGUGCCGCCGGGCUCAAUUUUUGAGCCGCAUGGCAUUACAAAGAAACGCAAAAAGCUUUGGCCGUCGCGGGGCUAUGCGCUUCCCACAUGGAUGCCCAGGGGGCGCCGCCUUCGUCUUGCCUUUGGCUACUAUGCGAAGCCCCAAUGCCCCGCGCAGUGCCUGCGAUAUUCAAAUGGGUAUGGGCGCACUCUGGUCCAGUAGAUAUGUACACGCGACCACCCCUGGUCGGCAUUGCCGGAAAACCGAAGCCAAAACGAGGCCAAAACGAAGCCAAAGGGCAAAAAAACCGAGGCCAAAACGAAGCCAAAACGAGGCCAAAACGAAGCCAAAACGAGGCCAGGCAAGUGCGUUUCGCGUCUGGAAGGGGAACGCGGAAAAUUCGGCACUUUGGUCGCCGCCCGGCUCGCUUUGCCGUGCCCUCGUGGAAGCGACGCCAAAACGAGGCCCAAACGAGGCCAAAACGAGGCCCCGCGGUCUGAUUCUGGGCCUUUGCUUUCUGGCAAAAAGUUGAAAGGGUUGGCCGUCUUUUUUUUGGAUGGCUUUGGCUUCGUUUUGGCUUCGUUUUGGCCCCGUCCCGGCUUCGUUUUGGCCUGCGCGUUUUCUGAUCGUUCUGCCUGGUCCUCUGUCUGCAACAGAGGCACGGGGCCAAUUUGCGCCAGCAGGCACGAGGCCUCAUGUUGGACAGAUAGCGGCGCCUCCCUGGCGGGCAUCCGGUAGACGGGCUCUGGCGUGGCCAUUGACUAGGGUGGGUGUUGUCUGUCUGGUCGCAGUCCGAUGCGGCUCAAAACUUGAGCCAUGUGGCGCGCUGCCUGCGAAUCUAUACGCCCGCGGCCCAUGCCCCAAUAUGGGGAAAAUUAAAUGGGGCGCGCUAGUGUUUCGGAGGCGGCUGCAGAGACCACGCGCCGGCAGCAUGAAGUAGAACAACAGCACACAGCCCCCGGCCGCGACGUUGUCGGCGCGCGAAUACCAAAAAGCGGUAAGCUUGGCCUCGUUUUGGGUUCGCCCGGGUCUCGUUCUCGGGUCUCGGGGCGGUAACGGGCGCGCCGUUUGUAACAUGUUGCGAUAGUUUUGAUAUUAUGUUACUCUUUUGCAUUUUGUUUUCUGACUAGGUGCUUGUGCGAAAAAAAUGGAUCGAAAAAAUCACAGCUACGAAUUGCGAAGUCUCGCAAUGGUCCACCUGGGGUUUGUGUAGUGCAACAUGCGGCGAAAGUGUACGUAGCAGACGCCGAACGAUGGUAACGGCACCGCAAAACGAGGGAGCGGCCUGCUACCGAGGUCAAAUCGGUUUGAGUCAAGAAAACAAACAAACAUGAAGUAGACGAAGAGGGCAACUUCUGCACCAUCAUGUUCAUGGCUAAAAAUAUGAAUAAAAGCACGUACUAGCAACAAGCUUGGAAGCGUUGUAUUGCUGAGGACGAAAAACGAUGCGAACAGGUGUCAGAUUGCGAAUCGGAAAAGUUUUGAUAAGAUGUACAUUUAUGUCGAGGUGGUGGACCUCUGUGCUCAUUUCAUUGAUUCCCUACUACGGAGCCAGCUAAAAAGCUAUUCAGUGCGUUGUCUCGGCGUCGCAGCCAAAAAUAUGGUUUGACUUCUGGACUGAUGUUGAGGAUUUUCCUUCGAUAUUGAUCCUGAUUUGUUGGAAAGCGAGCAGUGCUCAGUGCCAGACUGCUUUGCACAGGGAACGAUUUCCGCCGAAGCUAUCCGCAUGAUUAUGGUCUCGUCUCUCCACGAGCAAAGACUUUUUCUUGAAUUGGUAACGGCAGUGUGAACAAGAUAGGGAACAUCAACGUCAACAUCUUAGUGAGAUGGGAAAAUAACGUGAUCCAUGACCUGGCUUGCUUGUAGAAACAAAAAAAGCUUUAUCGUUCUGAAACAUGAAAAAAAGGAAAAUCUUGCUCUGCUGGGGAUGUGGGGUCAUUUUCGCAAUGAUGCAACCGCUUGCAAGUUCGCAAGCAAACAGCAUAAAUCCACUCGUCCUGUUGCUGCUCAGCGUAGGCAUCGCGCUGCUCUUCAUUAUCGCACUGCUCUUGCUGUUUCCGACCGCAGUGCAGUCGAAAACAGGGCUGCCUCCUGGUACGUCGUGCAUUAACUGCGGCGUCUGCCUUUUCGUGGUGCAUGAAGAUCAAGAACAGUUACAGUCGUGGCGGGAUAGCUUAAGACCUUCAUCGCCUUCACGAGGACGACCUCGGCAAAAUAAAAAAAAAUGAAAGUGUCGAGCGGUUGCGAUUUCAUCAGUGCAAGACGGAGCGGCUCAAUAAUAUUCAUCAUGAUUUCUACAGAUCAAAUUUCUGACCCGGCGGCGCCGAAACCACCUAGGGGAGAAGGGGAAAGCGGAGAUCCCGCUGAGGAAGCUGGCGAAGACGGAAACCCCGCAGGUGAAGAGUCCGGCACAGGGAAACCCUUCGGUGGCGCCGCAAGCGAAAACGCUGGAAACGACGGGAGCGCUGCCACUGUUCGUGAGGCCGCGAGCGAGGAUUCGUCCGGACCGAAAAAGCGCUUUGUCGCUCGGCGAGAUACUGGUGACGAGGGGCCCAUGCGAGUGAAUCAAGGAGGCCGCAGUAGCCGCGGCGUCAGUCAGAUCUCUGGGGGUGCUGACACAGAAGCGGCGCCUGGUGCUGCGGAGGUGGAACCCAAGUCGUUAGAAGGCACCGCCGAAGCGGAAGACUCCUCCAGCUCUUCGGAACAAGUUCCAACCCGGGGCGCCAGGGUAAGAUACAGUUUUGAAAUACCUGUACCCGAGUAACAAGAUGAAGUUGGGCGUCACCACAAAAACACAAACAGUCGAAGUAAAAACAAGAUGUAUGGUCUUGUCAUCAAGACUAGUAUCCAUAGUCAUAGCAAUGCAGAAAUGAGUGAUUGCUUUUUGGUCGUGUUGAGAGAUAACAGGUGGUAGCUUGAAGAUGCUCAGUGCUCACACUUGAUGUUCUGAUUGAAUCGACUCCAGAUGGCGCCGAUAUUGGAGGAGGACGCGCGCGAAACGCUCUCUUGGGAUGCCAGCGAGGAGGAGCAGCGACAGCGCACCGGCCAGAUACGAAAUGGAUAACGUCCAUCGAUGCUGUCGUCUUGUUAAGUCAAUCAUGCAUUAUAAUAGAACAAGUAGAUGCACAUGCAGUUGCAUACAGCUAUCACUGCGUACAAAAGAAACUCGCAAAUAUUCACGAUUUCACGACUACCAGCAGGUCCAGAGGCUUAUUGCUAUUUUUGCGUCAACAUGUGUCAUGAUUCAGGUGUUUCUAGAAGAUUGACUUUUCCUUUUGCGAUCGCACUCGCAUCUUUGUUAUUCCCUGGAUACAAGCAGCCGUUGCUUUACUAUCCCGCACCAGCCAGUUCCAAUAGCAACAUGAGCUCGCGACAGCGAAAGCAGAAGCAAGUAUCCUUCGUAGACAAUUCCGCGAAAGCGACAAGCGCAUCCGGAGCCGUGUCGGAAAGCAAAAAAGCGGUGGCGUAUGGGUGGUUGAGGAGGUGAGCCAUAGCCACCUCCAAUCAAUACUACGAAUACAUACAAAACUCACUCACUCAAGCGCACCUUCAACCGCACUGAAAAAUGAGUAUAUCAGGACGCUGCGUCGAAGAGCACUGUGCGCAUUUACGAUUACUCUUUACUAUAAAGACGAGCUCAAUUAUUACCUUUACGAUUAUUCGCCUUUUACGAGAAAGUAGCGUACUUACGUGAUUUUUCCAGAGACGUGCACACGCGCAAACAAAACAAAAGUCCCAGGCUCGUCCUGGUGGUGGUUCUAGUUUUACUUGACGUAGUCCUUGCGUAUCGCAUUUAUUGAAUAGUGAAAAGUGCACCCACGGCGGCGCUUUCUCUUGUAAAUAUUGCAUUGCAGAAUUUGCACUAGUCCCGCGGCCCAGGGCGGGGGCUAUGCGAGGCAGAAACAGGCUAUCAAUUGAACAGAGUCUCCAAGAGAAUACAGAAAGAUAAGGAUACAAAAGCGUGGCGAGCGCUGCUUAAAUCCAAUCAGUAUCGCAUCGUCGUUCUGAUUUUUUAUGCCGAGUUACUAAAUAUAUCUUUCAAAAAAUAUUUCUUUGUCAAGAAUGCAGCACUUCCGUUUCUUGUGUUUCACUUUUUUCUGAAAUAGUUGCAAACCUAGCAAGCUAACGAACAUUCUUUCGUCGUGGUAAAAUAGACAUUUGCAUCAUACACAUACUGCAUGCAGCCACUAAAAAAAAUGAACCUCGUCAAAGUUGGCAAACGAGAAAAACGCCAAACGAGCUUUCAGCAACAUAUCAUUUCAGUCGCAUAGACGAGAGACGGCGCAGGCAAUAGGUGGGCGGCGGACGAUAAUUGCAUGUGGUAUGCUUCUUGUGGUAUUCUACAAAAAAUCAACUGCACGACCAGACCUAUGUUCUCGUCGGCAUGAAGUAAAAAAAAAAUCUGACAGCGAAUGGAUGUCUCGAGGUAAACAUGACCUUGGUCACAGCAAAAAAAGAAAUAUGAGGGAGGUUGAAAUAGACGAGA